AUGAUGCUUGGCCGGCGGCUGCAGGGCUGCCGCUCCCUGCACUUCAACGAGGACAACGGCCGCUUCGUGCUGCUCGCCGUCCUCAUCCUGCUGUACCUGCUGUGCGGCGCUGCGGUCUUCUCGGCCAUAGAGAGGCCCUCGGAGCUGCGGGCUCACGGCCGCUGGAACGGGACGCUCCUCAACUUCAGCGAGACCUUCAACAUCAGCCUGCGGGACGUCAACUCUUUCCUGCGGGAGUACGAGGCUGCCAUCGCCGCCGGGAUCCGGGCUGACGCGCUCAGACCCAGAUGGGAUUUUACAGGCGCCUUUUACUUUGUUGGAACUGUGGUGUCGACUAUAGGUUUUGGGAUGACUACACCGGUGACAAUUGCAGGCAAGGUGUUCCUUAUCUUUUACGGACUUUUGGGCUGCGCUGCCACGAUCCUCUUCUUUAACCUCUUCCUGGAGCGCAUCAUUACCCUCCUGGCUGUGGUGAUGAAGGCUGUGAGGGAGCGGCGGAUCAGGAACAGCGGCCUGCUCCCGCCAGGAAUCCGCCAUGACUUCUCUGCCUAUUCUCUCCCAGGAUGGAAGCCCUCCGUGUACCACGUGAUGCUGAUUCUGGGACUGUCUGCCAUCACCAUCUCCUGCUGCGCGUCGGCCAUGUACAGCCCCGUGGAGGGGUGGGCUUAUUUGGAUUCGCUCUACUUCUGUUUCGUCACAUUCAGCACCAUCGGCUUUGGAGACUUUGUCAGCAGCCAGAGUGCCGCUUACGAAUACCAAAGCAUCUACAGGGUGGCCAACUUCUUUUUCAUGCUAAUGGGCGUGUGUUGCAUUUACUCUCUCUUUAACGUCAUAUCCAUCGUCAUUAAGCAGGUGCUCAACUGGCUGCUGGAGAAAAUGAGCUGCUUGUUUUGCCAGCGUUGCAAUAAGGCCAAUGCCUUCCUGGGCAGACGCAAUGCCAUCCGCCCAGGCUCCAGGGGUCGCCAGGGUCGGUUUGGCCAGUCGCCCGACUCAGAUGGGCCGUGCGAUAGUGACACUGAGGGACGGAGGCUAUCGGGGGAAAUGAUCUCCAUGAAAGACCUGGCAGCCUCUAGCAAGGUGUCGCUAGCCAUCAUGCAGAAGCAGCUAUCUGAGUCAGCCAAUGGUUACCCCAGGACAGUCUGUGGCAGUUCGCGCAGCAAUGGUUUCUCUGGGGGGGUUGGGGCACUUGGGAUCAUGAACAACAGGCUGGCAGAGACGAGUAACUCUAGGUAG